ACUGCCCGAUGAUUUGUACCGAGUGACUUAUUGUGCCUGUGUCAAAUAGAAUCAAGAUUCUCUUACGCGACAGUGAAUUCUUUUUCACGAAUACGUGCUCUGUAGCGGACACCUUGUUUAUACAAUUUCUCAUCUGUCUCUCCGUGACAGGAUUUUUUAAAUACGUUCGACUCGUUUAUCACAAUGGAUUUUGACGCAAUUCUCGAAGACGUGGGCACAUUUGGGCGCUACCAAAAACUAGUCGUGUACUUCGUUCUCCUGCCAGCUGUGAUACCGUGUGGUUUCCACGCAUACGCGCAGCUCUUCAUGGCUGCAGAGAUCACCCAUUGGUGCCGAGUGCCCGAACUUGACCAUAUCACAGAUUCCGCACUUGUUAAGAAUCUUAGCAUUCCUUUUGAGCUAAAGAAUGGCGUCCUCCAACAUUCCGAAUGCAGUAUGUUUAAAUUAAACUACACCGAUAUACUUAAAACCUACAGUAGUGUAGAGGAGGCUAUCACCAAAGAGGUUCCUGCUGAAAUUAUGCCUUGUAGGCAUGGGUGGACUUAUGAGAAGAAUAUUUAUGCCAACACUGUCGUUUCUGAGUGGAACCUGGUCUGCAACCAUGACUUUCUCCCAACCCUCGGCCUGGUCCUGCUAGCUGUAGGUGGCAUUAUAGGCAACUAUAUCUUCGGCUACCUCCAAGAUACUAUUGGACGAAAGCCUGCCUUCUUCAUCUAUCUGCUCAUUGAGUGUAUCUUCGGAGUUGCCACAGCGUUCGCCCAAAAUUACAUCGUCUGGAUUAUAUAUAGAGUCGGCGUCGGGUUCACCGUACCUGCAAUUAUGGCCACGCCCUACGUUUUGGCUAUCGAACUUGUAGGACCUCGUUGUCGUACUCUCUGCACAAUCCUAUCUAACAUCGCAUAUUCCAUGGGCCUGAUCCUACUAGCUGGAGUCGUCUACCUCAUAAGAGACUGGCGACAACUCGCUCUCGCCACGACAUUGCCGUUCGUCUGUUUUUUUCUUUAUUUAUGGGUUAUGCCGGAAAGCCCAAGAUGGUUGCUUGCAAGAGGACAAUUUGAGAAAGCUGAAGUCAUUUUGAAGAGGAUGGCUAGAAUAAACGGCAAAUCUCUCCCAGCUAACUACAUGGUACAUCUCCGUCGCAAAUACGAAUCCGACAAACUCAAGCAAGACAUCGAAAAAGAGAGAUCUCGAAAGUAUGGAAUAUUAGAUUUAUUUCGCACACCGAAUUUGCGAAAGAAGACAAUUAUUAUCACAUUCAUUUGGUUCACGAAUACGAGCGUCUACGUGGGAUUAUCAUAUUAUGCUCCUGUACUUGGUGGAGAUGAGUUUUUAAACUUCUUUCUAGCUGGGAUAGUAGAGUUGCCGACAUAUUUGUUCCUUUGGCCGUCGAUGGAGAGACUUGGACGUCGUUGGACGUUAUGUAUGAGCAUGGUCGUUGGGGGAAUCGCUUGUUUAACCACCUUUUUAGUACAGCACGAAACUAACGUGACUUUAGCGCUGUACUGUGUCGGCAAGAUGGGUAUAUCUUCAUCAUUCGUCGUUCUUCCUUUAAUGGCGUCAGAACUUUACCCAACUGUCGUUCGAGGAUUGGGUAUGAGCUUAAGCUCUGUUCUUGGAAUGCUGGGCCCUAUCUUCAUACCGCUUGUCAACUAUUUGGGCUCUGACAUCAUGGUCUUACCUCUGAUCAUAAUGGGAGGCUUACUAGUAGCCGGAGGUAUAGCCAGUCUCCUUCUUCCAGAAACAUUAAAUCAACAUUUACCCCAAACAUUGGAAGAUGGUGAAAAAAUGGGCCUCGAUAUGGAUUUUUGCUGCAAUCCGCCAGUAAAAGAAAUCAAGCCUGCAAAGGUGCGUGAAACGGAAAGAGAACGUGACUGUACCGCUUGUAUUGCUCGGUGUUCUUGUGAGAUGAUAAGUGUAACGCUAGAAAAUGUAACUACGGCGGUAGAGAAAAAUAAUUAAUACGAUGUAAAGUAAC